UUAUCCCAGAAUAGCACAUUUUAGGUUUGACUCCUUUCUUCUCUUUUACCCACGAUAUCAGGGCUUGGUGGUGCGGCGCAGGGAAGAGCACGGCGGCGGUGGUCGAUUAGUGGUGCGGUGGUGGUGCAUCGGAGGUCUGGACAGUGGUGGUUGAAGGGUUGGGCUUCUGUAAGUUGUAAGUAGUUUAAACCCUAACUUCCUCUUCUUGAGAUGAAAAUUCGCACAUAAGGGGAUUCGAGUCAAGAACGAACCGUGAUGAAUCUUUGCAUUGUGAUUUUGGUGCGGACACGUUCAUUCUGUGAUCAAAGUAGACACAUAUACCCCAAUUUCAGAUCUCGGGGUUCUCUUGCCUAUUCUACUAUUUCAUCAGCUGUUAAUUCCAAUCAACAGGGUGCAGUACUCUACCGCUUUGCCUAGCAGCACGACGCUUAUAUUGCUUUGCUUUCUUCUCGAAUGGUGCUUUGUCCAAGGUUAUAUAAUGGAUAAGAAAACAAGGCAAGAAGUUUUGGAUGACUUGAUGUGGAAUGGGUUUAUCAAUGCAUACACAAUUUGGAUUUAUCAUGGAGAACAAUUACCUUCGUCUUCUAGGCAUAAUGAUGGGGACACCUCAUACGAGCAUAUCGACUCCAACGUAAAUAUUGAUGACAUGCACAAACUCUAAUAUGAGGGUUUUGGAAUUCAAAAUGAAAUGGGUGAACAAGCUGAUUGGGAAAAUGAGUAUCAUCGGGGCCCUAAUGAAGAGGCAAAUGAGUUUUACAAGCUUCUAGAUGAUGGAAAAACAGAUCUAUAUCCUGGGUGUUAAAACUUUACGAAGCUGUCUUUUAUAGUGAAACUAUAUUUGUUGAAAACAUAUAUAACAUAUAUAAGAUUUGUUUAAAAAUACGGAGUAAUCUAAUUAGCUCAUUAGAACUAUCUAGUGGAAGCGUGUGUGUGUAAUAUUAUAUAUAUAUAUAGUGUGUGUGUGUGUGUGUGUGUGUGUUUACAAUUUAAGAGCUAAUAUAUACCUUCUUAUUCCCUUGUUUGAAACAAAGCAAACAAAAUGAAGUAAAUCGCUCUAAGCAAACAAUGUUGCACACAACUCGGACAAUGAGUUAUGCGCAGAAGGCUGAAAAGAUGAAGUUGGAAGGAAAGGCGCCAACCUGUGCUCAACUAUUUUGCGCAACUCAUAAGAGCAAGAAGGAUGGCAAAGCUAGUGAUGAACAUGCUGCCAAAAUGAUUACACAACUAGAAGAGCUUGCUGCAACUCAGCCUUCUAACCAAGAUGAACCUUCACCCCACGAUUUUUAUGCCCAAGUUAGGGGAGAAGAAAGAAGGGGUCAUGUUUGGAUGUAUGGCUUGGGACCUACAUCAACUAGUCUCUGGGGGCCAUCUUCUAGUAAAGCGGAGCUGAUAAGGAAGACCUCACAAGCAGAGGAGGAGACACGUGUUGCUUGUGGAGAAAUGAAGGAGACAGUGGAAAAGAUGCGUGCUGAGUAUGAUGAAAAAUAUGAAGCUUUGAAUGCAAAAAUGGCUAUGAUUUUGCGUCAUAUUGAACAUCAAAAUUAUAAUGUACAGGUACCUGGCUCCGCAACUACACUUGGUGAUCCUUAAAUUUUAUUUUUGGUCAUGAAAUUUCAUCCUUGGGAAAUUUGAAGCAAGAUGAGAGAUGAAGUUGAACCAUUAAUUCUUAAGACCCUCACAUAGUCUCACUCAAAUUCUCAAUGAAAUGUUGAUGUUUUAUUUUGAAUGAUUUCCUUUUGAAGCUUUAUUAGAUUUUGGUGUUUCCUUUUGAACCUUUUAUUAGCACUUGACAUUUUGAAACAAAACUUAUAUGUUAUGGGAUGUUAUUGAAUUUGAAUGCAACUUUGUUCUA